GCCGUGGGAAGGCGUGUGCCGCGGAGACUAGUUGGAAAUGACGGGAGCUGAAAUCGGGUUCUUAAUUAUAUUUCCAAACAGAACCAGCUGGCUAUAAGGCACAGAGCUUGGCGACUGCGAUUUUGGGUGUGUGUGUAUUGAAGUUGGGCUCGAUGGAGGUGAUCAGGAGCGCAGUGACUCCGCGCACACCGGUGCCGGUGAAACGCGUGUCCGAGGUGGACUUCCGCUCUGGCACGGCACUUGAGCAGCUGGCCUCGCACGUGCAGGAGCUCGUGCAGCUUGAGCAAGGCGAGUUUGGGGACCAGACUGCACUCGAGGUGCACACGGCCAAAGACUUCAUCUUCAACAUGCUUGGCCUGGUCCAGAAGGUGGACAAGAGGCUCCCAGUCGCAAAUGAGUACCUGCUAUUGUCAGGUGGUGCCAGGGAGGGUGUUCUUGAUCUGAACCCAGAGGAGCUGGGCGACUAUGUCAGAGGUGUGGACUUUGACCUGGACUUCACUCUUCUGGUGCCUGCUCUCAAACUGCAUGAUCGCAACCAGCCUGUAACUCUGGACAUGCGCCAGUCUCCGCCUUGCCACUCCUGGCUCAGCUUACGGCUUUGCGACCCAGCCAUGCUAGCCCGAUGGGGUAUCUGCUGUGAAGACGAGCCUAACAUUCAGCGCCAGGAAGAUGGCGAAGAGGAAGAAGGUGGUUCCAUAUUGGGUUCGAUUCCCUCCCUCCAGUCUCCACAGUCCUUGGAUGGAUGUUAUUUCUCACCCCUGCUGGUCACAGAAUGGUUCUGGAAUGUAGUGGGCACAGCGGUUGAGGAGCUAAAGCGGCACCCACAAAGAGGGAUUCCGGUUCCUGAUCGUGUGGAACGCAAUGGACCUUUGACCACACUGAUCCUCAAAGCAGGCACCAGCCGUGUCCUCUAUGAUCUCUUGCCUGUUGUGUCGUUUCGAGGCUGGCCAGCUGUGGCGCAAAGCUGGCUCACUACCAACCACUUCUGGGAUGGAAAGAUCACUGAGGAGGAGGCAAUCAGUGGGUUUUAUCUUCUGCCUUGCUGCUCCCCAACUGCUGGCUUAGCUUCUAGACCAGACCGUGAAUGGAGACUCGCCUUUUCUCGGAGUGAGGUCCAGUUGAAGAAGUGCGUGCCUUUUCCUAUGGCCGCAGCCUUCCAAGCAGCCAAAGCUGUUGUGUCAAGACUGUUGGCACGCCCCCGUACUGGUCUUAGCCUUUACCACCUACGCACCCUACUUUUCUGGGCUUGUGACCGCUUACCUGCAGCCUACUUGAGCUGUUCUGAGCAAGAGACGCCAGCCCGCCUGUUCCUGGGGCUCCUGGAUGACCUGGCACACUGCGUGCUGGGUAAAAACUGCCCCAACUAUUUCCUCCCUCAGUACAACAUGUUGGAACAUCUUACUGAUGAUGCAGCCCUACUGGUGGCCCGGAAACUAGCACACUUGCGCUCGGAUCCAGCUGAACAUUUGCGUGCGGCACUGGAGCAGGCUCGGCAGGCAUGCCAGCUGAAACGAGAAGCUGCUGGGACAAGUAAUGGGCAUGGGGCAUCAUCUCCAAGCUCUGGCCCUUCCAAAGUCACUUCCCCACAAGAUGACCGUCUAGCCCAGAGACUGCAGCAGCUGGUUACAGAAAACCCCGGCAAGUCUAUUUCGGUCUUCCUCAACCCAGAUGACGUGACAAGACCACACUUCCGCAUUGACGAUAAGUUCUACUGAAACAGUUGAGCCCCACCAAGAGCUCACACACUGCCUGAGGAAAAAGUAAUGCCCCUUCUUCCUUAGCCACUGAGGUUCAAAGAUAAGCACACACAUAUACACGCUCCUUCACUAUGUGUUGUGCGGUACUGUAUUAAACCCCCCACAUGCAGGCUGGCACAAUCAGUGAUGUAUUUUGGCCAACACUAUGGUCUGCAAGCCAACUCCGCAAAAUAUGAUUAAGCUGCUACGAGAGAGACCAUCUGUCCCAAAUCACGUUUGCUGUCAGUUACAUGGCUGUUACUACCAAAAGAAAUAAUCACCAAACAGAGGAAGGCACAAGAGUGGCUGUUUUUUGGAUCUUGUUUGCCAUUUGAUGAGAGGCCUUGAAGCUGUAUUGCUCAGUGAAAUCUUAAUCCUGCAAUCUGUAUUGGAUUAUAAUAUCUUGCACAGCUUGAAACAAUAGUUCAGUUAAAGGAUUUCAAAUCCUGCUACAUACUGCUGAGCUGAUAAUCUUUUUUUUUUUUUUCCCCUCUCCUGUUCUACACUGGUAAGCAAGAAGGUGGGCAAUGAUCUAAACCAAGGUACAUUUGAAAUCACUGGAAUGUUUGUUUUUGAAUGUUUUUAUUGCAAAAAAAAAUUGAUUGACCAACACUGAAUGAUUUUCUUCACUCUUCUACUUUCUCUUACUCAUCUUGUUCUCUUUCUCAGGUACUUUUUGUUUUGAAGCUGAAGGCAUUUCCAGUGUGUAUGGUAUUGCCUCUGUGCCUCCUAUUUAAUGUCUCAAAUGACAGAAAACAGUUAAAAUUCAGCCUUAGGCUUGGAAGCCAUGAUGGCUAGGUGAUGAUAGAGAGGUCGAGAUAAAGGUCUAGUGAGUCUCCAGUGCAUUACUUUAAGUCAGCCUGUCUUAGACGAGACCAGACUGAGCCCCAUAACUGCACUAAAGCUAUAUUUAGGGAAGCUUUUCGGGACUAUAUAUAAAAAAACAACAGCAUCAGGACUUGGUGCAUUACUGACACUUUAUUUUUAUUUUUUUUUAAACUUGCAUUCAGUAUAUUUAAUUGAACAAUGGCAGGGCACAAAUAAAGAAGCUCUGAUAAAGAUCUAACUAAACUGAUGAAGAAAAGUCAAUACAUCUGCCUGUCAAAAGAUGGUUUCGUUAAAUUUGGUAACGUGUCCUAGGAGUGUCCUGUUUGUUGGUUUAUCUUUUGACAUUGAUUUGCUGACUUGCUCUCAGCUUGGUGCUUGAUUAUACUCUAAUCUCUACUAUAUAUAUAUAUAUAUAUAUAUAUAUAUAUAUAUAUAUAUAUAUAUAUAUAUGAUACAUUUCAUGCUUUUUGUUUGCUACCAAAAUGGUGUGUGUAAGAGAAAGUUUAUCAAUACAUAAGUUCCUGUCAAAUGUGUUUUGAAUUCCUGUAGAAUCUGUUUAGUUUCAUUUAUUCAGCUAAUUGUGAUAAUGGUGAGAGAGGGUGAGAAGAGUACACACGUGUGAUAAGAUAUGCACAGAAAUUGGCUAAGUGUGUUUGUGUGUGGCGUCAGGUCAGAUCUUGCUUCACAGAUGUUCCGUGGUUGCUUUGGGAUGGAUGGAUGGAUGGAUGUAGUGAGAAAGGCGGCAGCAGUCUCCAUUGGCAGAUUAGCCAGAUGUGAUGGAGCACCUGGGAGUUCACACAGCUGUGUCUCUCUGCCUCUUUCUCUCUCAUCAUGUCUGACUCAUCUUUUCUCUCCAUUAUCCAUCUCUCUCCAUCAUAGAAUUAAAUGCCGCACAUUUUUUCCCUUCUGUUUUAACUUCCCAAAAUGUAUCCAGAAAACAGAGGUCAUGCUCUGGAAUGAUGUGUGCUGUAAAACAGGCUUGUUGUGAUUGUCUUCUUUUGAAUAGCUGUAAAUUGCUUGUAAGUGUGAUAGAUUUGGUAGGUUGAGAGACAGGAUUGGAUGGGAUACUACUGAACAGACUGAAAGCACACAACUGUCCUGUACACUACAAUUGAAAAAAAGAAGCCAAAGGAUGAGUUUAGAUUGUGCUCAGAUACUGCAGAAUGUAAUGGAUGUAAUGUGUUGCUUAAGCAGGCUCUUUAAAUAGGCUUAAACUGUGUACACUAUUUGUUUAUCAUUUCAGAGUAUUAAUGUUUUUGUUUUGUUUUUUCAAAGUCUGAUCACUGUACUAUACAAUGCCUAAUCUUGUAUGAACAAUCGUCCUAUGCAAUUUCGCUAUGUGUGUCAGGAGCAUAUCUGUUUUCGUGAAAUAUGAGCCCUUGCCCUGUCGGUGGUAAUUACCAAGAGCAUUUCAUAUGGAGGAAAAUGAUUGCAGUGGCACAAAUCGAACAGAUUCUGCCUCAGGGGAUGACAGGAUGUUCUAAUAGCCACAAUUUGGAUGCGAUAACUUCAUUAAAAAAAAAACCAAAGCAUAGAACUAUCGCUACUUUCCCGACUAUUUGCAGUCAUUUUGAGCUGAGCAAGCAAGGCUGUAAUUUUAUCAAACAGGCCGUUAUUAAAGUGACUGUACAGAAGUGUGGUCGUAACAGGAGGGAGUGAGCAAUGAUAAUGAAUGUAUACACAUUUUAUGUUAAAUUACUUUUUCAUCUCAAUGAAUCUGGAUCAAAAACCAGACUAAAAUGAAAUUGUGCAGUGAUAUGUAAGAGAUUAUAUUGCAUAUAUUUCUUGUACCAAAUGGUUUACUUUUUUCUUUUUUUUUCUGGUGUGUUGCUGUAAUGCAAUUUGGUUGUUUUAUUAUUUAUCUUUUAAAUCAUGUGCGAUGCUCUUAAGCGUAGCAUGAAAUAAAAUAUUACAUCAGGAAAGCGUGUGUGGACAGUGUUCUCACACCACCAUAUCCUGUUCAUGUGCAUCUAUGGUUUUAAAAAUGGGGUUGGUCAGGGGAUCACCAGGGUCCAUGACAUUUUAAUUUUUUUUUUUUUGUGGGUAAGUGGUGGUGGGUAAGUUUUGUUUAUAAGUAACAUAUCCAAAAUGUUACUGUACACAUUUCAAUGGGGUGUCUAGUAUUUGAAUAAUUGGAUUGUGUUCGUAAAAUAAAUCUAUAGCUAAAGGGCCACUGGGUGUUUCUUUUAAACAGUUAAAGGGAUACUUGGCUGUAAAAUGUUUGAGAACCUCUGGUGUGUAUGAACUGUUAUUGGAUUGAUUUGAUUUGUGUGUUUAUUUACCCCCAGGUAACCUUAUUGUACUGAGUUUAUACAAGAGAAAUUGGGAUUGACUGCGACUGCAGUGCUGUAUCAGGCCAAGAGGGGAUGCUGUGGUACAGCACACCACACCACAGAAUCUAUACUGCAGCUUUGAUUUAAUCAGAUAACCAGGCUGGUGAUAAAAGCAUCAGCAAAUGUAUAGCAGAGGACAGUGGUCUUACCAUUCUCCUCAUCCCCAUGUGAAAUGUAUUAAAGCAUCUUUCUCUUAAA